AAACUUUUAACCUCAUUUACAUGAAGAACGGAGUGACAAAAUGAUUUCUUUUUGUUCAGGAUGGACAGUUGGAUGAGGAUCGUAUGCUGAAUUUGCCUGCCGAAACUUUAAGUGACAGGUACUUUGUGGUUUCCUACAGAAAUGGGAAAGUUUGGGUUUCCGAAACGUCACUGCGCCACGUCAAGGACAUUUGGUUCAUGCCCUCUUUUGUGCUGUAGGAAGUAAAUGGUCUUAGAUUCAAAGAAAUGAGAUUACACCAAGCUAUGCAGUAGAAUUGCUGGGGAAACCAUAAAGGAAGUGGUAAUUAGUAGAGACAACAUGCUGUCAGAAGUGAAGAGCAGCUGAACAUGUGGCUUCCUUCCUGAUUCAUCAACAGACAGGUUAGCAUGUCUCAUCUACAAGACAGUUUUUCACCACUUCCUUCGUUAAGUCUGGAUCACCUUUGCUCAGUUUCAGUUGUCUGAGUACUGUUAGGAUCUAAAAAGCUAACCACAAAGAGACUGCAUUCAACACCUUAUCGAGGUUCUUUAUAAUGACAUCAGCUCAUCCAACACACUGGAUAAAUUCUGGGUUAUUUUAAACACUGUAAAAACUCUAAGCUAUUUCUACAAGCCCUCUUACCAAAAAUGGAGACUACAGCAAGUACCACUAUGAAGGACCAGAAUUGUGUGGUAAAUGACAAGAUGAUGCCAUUUGCCACAUCCUACAUCAUUAUCUUCCUGAUAGGCAUGGCUGGCAGCCUGGUGGCACUCUGGGCAUUUAUAUACAGUAGAAACACCAAGAAGUGCAUGAAUGUGUACCUGAUCAACCUUCUGACCUCUGACUUUUUGUUGACAUUGGCACUGCCAGUCAAGAUCGCGAAAGACUUUGGUGUGCAAUCCCAGAGACUAACGAUUUUCCACUGUCAAGUCAGUGCACCGCUCAUCUACAUCAACAUGUAUGCCUCGAUCAUAUUUCUGGCUUUUGUCAGUGUACAACGUUACUUCCAGAUCACCCAGAGCUCCAAGCUGUUCCGCCUACAGGAGGUGGGAUUUGCCCUGGUAAUGUCUGCUGUCGUCUGGCUUCUGGUGCUCUUCAUCAAUGUCCCCAACAUGGCCAUUCCAAUCAAGGAUAAGAUUUCUAACAACACUUUAAUAACAUGUAAAGAUAUUAAGCAGGAAGUUGCCAAGCAUUGGCACACACUCUCUGUUUUUCUGGGCAUGGCGAUUUUCAUAAAUGCCUCUGUAGCUGUGCUUAUGUCAAAUGGCCUGGUGCUGAAACAGCUUUGGGGUAAACGUGGAGGAGACCCUGAGGAGCAGGCCAGUGCUCACCAUGCUACUCUCAAUAUCGCAAUGGUGACAGUGGCUUAUGUUGUGUGCUUUGUACCAUAUCAUGCAGUUCGCAUGCCUUAUACGUUUACACAAAAUGAGAUAAUCACUGACUGUGGCAUUCAGAAGCACCUAUUCUUAGCCAAAGAGUCCACUUUGCUUCUGGCCGUCCUAAACCUUUGCUUUGACCCAGUGCUUUACUUCUUUUUCUGCCCUUCAUUCAGACAUCAGAUCACACAGGUCUUUACUAAAAGGAGAAACCUAGAAAGAAACCUAGAAUCUGACCAGGAUCAAAAUCUACAACUGCAGCCAGUUUCAUAAGCGGGCAAAAAUACAUGUCAGACAAAAAAAAAAAGGUAUGAAACAGGAUGCUAAAGCUUACAGUUUAAGUAUGCUAAGCACAUACAGUUUAAAGCUAAGCUGCCUGCAGAGUAUUUAAGAGCAAAAAUGAAUCUUUUUUUCCAUGAAUUACAACCUGAGAAAUAUCUUGAACCACCUAGCUUUGCGCAAUGAACGCAUCCUAUUUACAUAUUUCUUCAUACAUCAAAACAGAUACAGGGUUUGCAUUUUAAUUUGCACUAAUGGAAUUAGUUGCUCAUAUGUCGAUUUAAAGAAGCCUGAAAUUUCAAGUGGAGGAAAUAGCAGUAUUUGUUGUAUUUAGACAUUAGAGGGUACUUAACAGUUUAAUAUCAGGUAGAAAAUUCUUUAUAGUUUUCUAAAUGCUGGCAAACUGCAGGAAUUUGACCAACGUGCAGUCAGAUCAUCAAAGUGUUGCGUUUUUAGAUAAUAAAUAUUACAUAAUUCCUGUUUUGCUGAUUAUCUGUAUUUGGAAUAACCUUUGUUAAACACCGAAAGCUUUUACAUCUGUACAUAUCUGUUGGUGGGAUUUACAAUAUCAGUGUUCACUGUAAUACGGCUCUUUGUGAGACUAAGUUAUACUAAGUAAAUAUUUACUGUUUAGGCUGGCUAAAAAGUUUUCUUUUCUUUUCUCAUUUUCAACCAAUUACCAAAAAUAAAAAAUAAAAAUCACCAGCUUUACAAAAUAUGAGCACUGAACAGAUCACACAAGGAAAAAUCCCUGAUAUGACUCAUGGUUACAGUACUUCACACUGGUUUCACUGACACAUUCACUGACCUAUUAUGUUUUCACUUUUACAUUUAAAAAACUCCACCUGAUUUAUAAAUCAUCUUUAUUUAUCUUGCUCUUUUCUUUAUCUUUUCUUCUCUUCGUGUUUGUCAUGUAAUCAUGUCAUCUAAACCUUUCCAGUAAAAAGUACCACAGAAAAGAGAUGUGGGCAUCCUAAAAACAGACAGUGACCGAUUCAGAGACCUGUCUAUGAAUCAUAUUUUGACGCAUGCUUUAGAUGGUUGACAAAUGUUAACACCUACUGGUUAUUUCUCAUCACUCCAUGUCUAGAUACGUUCAUUUGGUCAAAAAGGGUUAUUUUAGUUAUAACAUGGGUUUUUCCAUUUCAUAUGCUGAAGUGUUUUUCAUGUAUGUUUACAGAUAUGAUAAGGAAUGAUAUUUAGAAAGUAUAAUAAUAAUAAUAAUAAUAAUAAUAAUAAUAAUAAUAAUAGAAAAUCACUGUUGGUAUCAAGGCUUUUAAAAUUGAAAACUUAAAACACUUCAUGUUCACUUUAUUCAUGUUAAUGAAUUAAAAGCAUCAUACAUUUGUAUUGUGUUUGGAACAGUUGAAACAUUCCUGUAAGACCGCAAGGUUUAUCUUAAACACAGACUGAUGCAUUUUAAUAGUUAUGUGGGAGUCUGAUGUGGGAGAGCAGUUUUCUUCAUCUCUGAUUAAAGAUGUUAUUUUAAUUAAUAAAAGUCUUGUGCUUUUGCUGACA